ACUUACAACUCUUGUACCAUGACAGACUAUUCCUCACUGUGGUGUGCGACAACAAGCAACUAUGAUAAAGACUUUCUGUGGACAACAUGUUCAAGUGCUAAGAUAGCUGGUGGAAAUGCUGUUGGAGCCUCUUGUGUUUUCCCUUUCAUCUAUAAGGGACAAACUUACAACUCUUGUACCAUGACAGACUAUUCCUCCCUGUGGUGUGCGACAACAAGCAACUAUGAUAAAGACUUUCUGUGGACAACAUGUUCAAGUGUUCCAGCAGUUACUGAAAAGCAGAAAGCAGCUUAUUGUGUUUUCCCUUUCAUCUAUAAGGGACACACUUACAACUCUUGUACGAUGACAGAUUAUUCCUCUCUGUGGUGUGCGACAACAAGCAACUAUGAUAAAGACUUUCAGUGGACAACAUGUUCAAGUGUUCCAGACAUUGACAAAAAGGCCAAAGCAUCUUCUUGUGUUUUCCCUUUCAUCUAUAAGGGACAAACUUACCAUUCUUGUACCAUGACAGACUCUUCCUCUCUGUGGUGUGCGACAACAAGCAACUAUGAUAAAGACGGUCGGCUAACAACAUGUUCAAUCACAGGUAUCGAAGCCUCUUGUGUUUUCCCUUUCGUCUAUAAGGGAAAAACUUACAACUCUUGUACUAUGACAGACUCUUCCUCUCUGUGGUGUGCGACAACAAGCAACUAUGAUAAAGACAGUCGGUGGACAACAUGUUCAAGUGUUCCAGAAGUUACUGAAAAGCCCAAAACAUCUUCUUGUGUUUUCCCUUUCAUCUAUAAGGGACAAACUUACAACUCUUGUACCAUGACAGACUCUUCCACUCCAUGGUGUGCGACAACAAGCAACUAUGAUAAAGAUGGUCGGUUGACAACAUGUUCAAUCACAGGUAUCGAAGCCUCUUGUGUUUUCCCUUUCGUCUAUAAGGGAAAAACUUACAACUCUUGUACUAUGACAGACUCUUCCUCUCUGUGGUGUGCGACAACAAGCAACUAUGAUAAAGACAGUCGGUGGACAACAUGUUCAAGUGUACCAGCAGUUACUGUAAAGUCCAAAGCAUCUUCUUGUGUUUUCCCUUUCAUCUAUAAGGGACAAACGUACAACUCUUGUACCAUGACAGACUAUUCCUCUCUGUGGUGUGCGACAACAAGCAACUAUGAUAAAGACUUUCUGUGGACAACAUGUUCAAGCCAAGCCAUCAGCAAUUGGUGAAGGAAAACCUCUGCAAUGUUCAUUAAGGCUACUUGCAGUUCUUUCAUUCUUCAAAUGCAUACUUUUUAAGUUAGCUUUCCUCUCCAUAAUCCUAAAUUGCAAUUAAAAGUUAACCCAUAGAUAAUAGGUAUUGCUUCAAAUCAAGUCUGGAAUAUAAAUUAGCCUUAUGCAGACAGAAUUUUAACUUGUUCUGUUACACUGUUUAUUUGCCCUUCUCCUUAAGAAUUGUGUUCAUUACAAAUCUACUCCCUCCCAUUCAAACACAUGUAAACCAUUAUUUGACUUCAUAUGUACAGUGUCCAUUUUUCACUUCCCCAAUCAUCAAAUAUCAGUAUUAUAUCAAUGGUAAUUUAAAACCUUGUCAUUUAUCAAACAUCAGUACUAUUCUGUAUCAUGUAUCAGUAGUCACUUACAACCUCUUUAUUUGAAACCUCGUCGUUUAUCAAACAUCAGUCAUCGCUUUUCAUUUUCUGUCUUUUUUCAAUGGAACCAAUCAGUAGCGUGAGCGACAACAGGGGGCGUGAGGAAUGUAGAUUAGCAACAUAUAUAAUGGAGCCCAUUGGUUUAUUGAAACAUCAAUCAAACAUCAAUCAUUGUCUUACUGAAAUAUCAAUUAAAUACUUGCAGUUUGUUGCCGUCUUUAUACCCGAAUGGCGCUAAUGAUAUGAAGCGCAAGUGUGCAAAAUCAGAAGCAGUUAUGAGGUAAAAAUCGGCUUACUAUCUCCUAAGUACAACAUAAUUUACCAAACACAGAUGAUAAUCUCUUGUAUAUACAAAUUACUAUGUUGUACGUAGGAUAUGUUAUAAGAAAGAGUUAUUGUCUCGAGAUUAAAUUACUUUAAAAAAUAAGAAAAUGCUGAUUAGGUUUUGUUAAUUAUUAAAAGGUUCUGGUGCUUGAUUUCAUCUCGACUUCAGUACUUAGCGACUCAUUAGGGAAAUGUUCAGACUGAAGUCACCGUGCCUCUUGCUGUGGUAAUGAAGCAUUGUGUGUUGUUAUUAAUCAAACAUUUCAUUUAUCCUCUUGCGUAAUACAGUUCAGCAUGUGGGAGAGCAACAUUGGUUAGCUCUGGAUGGGAAGCAAAACGAUUGCUGGACACAUGCAUUGAUUCACAAGGAACAAGGUCAGCAGUCAUUUCAAGGCAAGGGUGUCCAGCUCCGGUCCUGGUGGGCCACAGUGGCUGCAGGUUCUCUUUCUAACCCUUUUCCUAAUCAGCUAGCAGUU